GUGGAGCAAAGAGGCAGAGAGGGAGAAGGGCGAGAGAGAGAGAGAGACCAGUAGAGAGCAAGAGAGAGUCAAACUGCUGCCACAGACUGGGAGUAGUUUUUGCAACUGGGACUGAAGCAGACAAAUAUAGAAACAAAGGACAAAGAAAGAGGUUCAGAGAAGAAAAAGAGGACAAAUCAACAACCGCUAGACUUUCAGCAUGCCAUUAUAAGUGUGCUUUCUGUCAAAGGAUUAACUGAGAGAGGAACUGACUUUUGGGAUGUGAAGUGUUUUUGUAUAGACCAAGAGAGAAAAACAAGAAGGACCUGGAACCGACAGCCACCUGUGACCCAGCAGCUCCGGGUUUAAGUCACUCUUGAUUGCCGACUUAGGAUCAACUUGCUAAUCUUUUAAACCAAGACUAACUCAGCCUUGUUAGGGAAACAUCUGACUUGCCUGGCUUAACAAAUUUUUUUGUGGAGAAGAGAAUUUGGGGUUAAAGUGACAUUUUUAGGGGAGGACACCUUUAGGGAGCAGCAUCAACAGACACAAGGUUAACCUCAACUAGUGGAAGACUUGCAAGGAACGAUCGGUAGCUGUCAGACUACUGUUGCGAACAAGAUGACAUUUGCCAUGCUGCGCACAGCGCCUCCCGCAGGCCGCUUCUUAUACGGCGAUAUCGCACUCCUCUCUGAAGACGAUGAUGAUAACGGGAGCGAGGGGUCUGGCUCUGAGGAGCGUACCACCAACUCCUCCAACUCCACUGCCUUCCGGCUGUCCUCCUCGUCCCCGUCUGCUUUUCACAUCAAGGUGAACAGGAAGAGGAAGCUGUGUGGGGGCGGAGGGGGCGGAGUGGUAGGGGGCAUGAUGGGGAGGCUCGGCCCCCCGGGCUCGGCCCCCGUUGGGGAGGUUCGCCAGAGGACCGCAGCCAACGCGCGGGAGAGAGAUCGCACCAAUUCUGUCAACACAGCAUUCACAGCGCUGCGCACACUCAUCCCCACCGAGCCUGCAGACAGGAAACUGUCGAAGAUCGAGACGCUACGUUUGGCCAGCAGCUACAUCAGUCAUCUGGGGAACGUCUUGCUCCUGGGUGAGGGGCUUCAUGAUGGACAGCCGUGCCACGCUCCCUCACCCCCGUUCUUCCAUGUUAACUCCUCCCCCAGCCGAGGAUCUGACCAAUCAACUCAGCCCAAGCACAUCUGUACUUUCUGCCUCAGCAACCAGAGGAAAAUGAACAAAGACAGAGACAGGAAGACGGCCAUCAGAAGCUAACAGUGAGGACACACGCCACGUGGAUAAAAUGCUUGUCACUUUGACAGCGCUUUCAGUGAUUUUACAGUGACUGCAACUUGAAGAUUUACAGACUUGUGAUGCAUUUCAAGGACUUUUUAAGGACUUCUAUAGCACUUCCAGGACUUUUCAAGGGACUUUAUGAAGCAUUUUCUUUUUGUUGACUUUUUAUAUUGCUUUACAGGAACCUUUUAAGUUUAGAGUGUUCUCAAGUAUGAUUGAAACACUUCUGAAAAGUUUAACCAUACUUUUAAAGGGCUUUGCGCAUUCUUAUCAACACCACAAAGAAACUUUCAACAACUUAUAAAAGACCUUUUACUGUACUGACUCAGCGACUCUAUCAGAGUCUAAGGAACUUAUGGCACAUGAUCGAAAAAAAAAAACCACACAAAACCUAUGAAAGACAAAUUUGUAU